AGUAUCAAUAAGAAUUAUAUUUAGGAUUAUCAAAUGGAAGAUUUAAGAAGUGUAGAUAGAGUCAUAUAUUAAGUAUAUAGCCUCGAUCACGACAAUGAGUAGAUCGUAUGUUACUGGCCUCCCACGACAAGGUAUGCGUUUUUUAGGCGGUUAUGGCACAGAAAAGGGCAUAUUCUACUUGGGAAGAAGUGCUCUUGAACCUCCAAUCGAUCUCCAAUCUAAGACUUUUCCUGAAGCUGAUGAAUGGAUGGAUAAAUUGAAUUCUGCUGUCAUUACGGACAACGUUGCCGCUCUUGGUUUCUUGCAACUUUUGAAGACCACGAGAAUCGCUUUUCUGCAAGAAGCUUCGCGGAUGAAUUAUGAUUUUUCUCGUAGCCGUAUAACUGACUAUUACUUAUUCCAUUAUCCUUUACUUUUUACAGUCUAA